GCAGCGCUUCAGACCACUACAAUGGCCACUCUCUGAGCCAGGUCAGGACCAGGAUCUGGACAACCACAGCCAAGGCCAGGAUGGGAUAGUCAUGGAGCGUAUUGCCGCCCCUGGUCGUUGGACAAUGUUUGGACCCGGUGACUUCACUGGGAGGUUUACCAAGAUCCAGUCCAAGUUCAGAAAGAGGACCAGGAUCUUCGGAGCCUCUCCAGUGGGACUGAAGCCCCCCCUCCCGCCAGUCAGUGGAACCUUGGGAGAGAGGAAGGGUCCUGUCGUCAUGGUGCCCGUCAAUGUGGACCCUGAGAGUAAGCCGGGCGAGUUUGUCCUAAAAAGCUUGUUUGCCAACUUCACCUUGCUCUCCGAACGCAAGAUUCGCAUCAUCAUGGCCGAACCACUGGAGAAGCCACUUAACAAAUCUCUGCAGAGAGGAGAGGACCCACAGUUCGACCAGUUGAUCAGCAGUAUGAGUUCUCUGGCAGAGUACUGCCUGCCGUCCAUCCUGAGAACUCUGUUUGACUGGUACAAGAGGCAGAACGGCCUGGAGGACGAGUCCCAUGAAUAUCGACCCAGGGCCAACACCAAGUCCAAAAAUGAUGAGCAACAGAAAGACUACUUAUUGGAGAGGAGAGAUCUGGCAAUAGACUUCAUCUUUUCUCUCGUGCUUAUAGAGGUUUUAAAGCAGAUCCCUCUCCAUCCACUUUUGGAUGGACUCAUCCAAGAAGUCAUAAACCUGACGUUCAAGCACUUCAAAUACAAAGAAGGGUAUCUGGGACCCAACACAGGCAACAUGCACAUAGUGGCUGACCUCUAUGCUGAAGUCGUGGGAGUUGUAGCUCAGUCCAGGUUCCCAGCAGUGAGGAAGAAGUUCAUCUCCGAGCUGAAGGAGCUGAGACAGAAGGAGCAGAGCCCCUACGUCAUCCAGUCCACCAUCAGCCUCAUCAUGGGGCUCAAGUUCUUCCGCAUCAAAAUGUACCCGGUGGAAGACUUUGAAGCCUCAUUCCAGUUCAUGCAGGAGUGUGCGCAGUAUUUCUUGGAAGUGAAGGACAAAGAUAUUAAACACUCAUUAGCCGGACUCUUUGUGGAGAUACUUGUUCCUGUAGCUGCUACUGUGAAGAACGAGGUGAACGUGCCGUGUCUACGGAAUUUCGUAGAAAGUUUGCACGAUACCACACUGGACCUGUCCUCAAGGAAGAAACACUCUCUGGCUCUGUAUCCUCUUGUGACUUGCCUGCUGUGUGUCAGUCAGAAGCAGUUCUUCCUCAGCCGCUGGCACAUUUUCCUCAACAACUGCCUCUCAAACCUCAAGAAUAGAGAUCCAAAGAUGGCCCGUGUCGCUCUAGAAUCACUCUACCGCCUGCUGUGGGUCUACAUGAUCCGAAUAAAGUGCGAGAGCAACACUGGAACACAGAGUCGUCUGACGUCCAUCACCUCCACUCUGUUCCCUAAAGGGAGUCGGAGCGUUGUGCCCAGAGACAUGCCUCUGAAUAUUUUUGUCAAGAUUAUCCAGUUCAUUGCACAGGAGAAACUGGACUUUGCCAUGAAGGAGAUCAUAUUUGAUCUGCUGAGUGUUGGGAAACCUGCCAAAGCCUUCAGUCUCAACCCAGAGCGUAUGAACAUAGGUCUCCGGGCGUUCCUGGUGAUAGCAGAUGCUCUGCAACAGAAGGACGGAGAGCCUCCUAUGCCCAACACAGGAGCCACUCUGCCCUCUGGGAACUCUCUGAAGAAAAAGAAGACUUAUCUCAGCAAGACACUUACUGAAGAGGAAGCCAAACUUAUAGGCAUGUCCUUGUACUACUCCCAGGUGCGGAAGGCUCUGGACAACAUCCUGCGACACUUGGACAAGGAGGUGGGUCGUUGUAUGAUGCUCACCAGCGUCCAGAUGCUCAACAAAGAACCGGAGGACAUGAUCACUGGCGAAAGGAAGCCUAAAAUCGACCUGUUCAGGACAUGUGUGGCUGCCAUUCCUCGUAUCCUUCCUGAUGCCAUGUCCAAACCUGAGCUUGUUGACCUGCUCUCACGACUUACUGUGCACAUGGACGAUGAGCUUCGUCUUAUUUCCCAGAAUUCCCUGCAGAGCCUGUUACUCGAUUUCUCGGACUGGAGGGAGGACGUCCUGUUUGGUUACACACAUUUCCUUUUGCGCGAGGUUCAAGACACCCAUCAGGGUCUGCAGGAUGCCUCAGUGAAGCUCCUUCUCCAGCUGCUCACUCAGUGGAGGUUAGCGCUGCAGCUCCAGGGGAAGACGCGAGGUGGAGUUGAGUCCAGCCCCAGACUGCCAGAGCGAAGCCCUCACGGCUCAGUGCUCCAUGCGGUUGAGGGCCUGGCCCUGCUGCUCCUCUGCUCGUGUCAGAUCAGCACGAGGAAGCUGGCUGUCGGCGUGUUACGAGAGAUACGCUGCCUCUUCACAGCUCUGGGACAUGCUGAGGAUGAUGACAAACCCAUGAUAGAGGUCAUGGACCAGCUGAGCCCAGCUGUAAUGGACAGCUUUUUUCAUGUGGCUGUCUCUGACUCGUCUACCUUGCCUCUCAGCCACCAUGUUGACCUCCAGUGGCUGGUGGAGUGGACGGCUCGACUGGUGAGCAGCUCCUACGACGUGAAGAGCCCCAGCCAUGUCUGGAUCUUUGCCCAGAGUGUGAAGGAUCCAUGGGUGCUCUGUCUGCACAUCUUCUUGCGGCAGGAGCAUCUGCCCAAACACUGCCCCAUCGCCCUGGGAUACGCCUGGCCCUACGCUUUCACACGGCUGCAGCUGCUACUGCCACUAGUUGACCCCAACAGUCCAGUGAAUGCAAAGAAGACCAGCACCGCAGGCUCCAGUGACAACUACAUAUCUCUGUGGCGUAACUACCUAAUCCUGUGUCUAGGUGUGGCUAAGCCCAGCAUUAUGUCCCCUGGUCACCUCAGAGCCUCCACACCAGAGAUCACAGCCACCACGCCCGACGGCAGCGUCACCUACGACAACAAGGUGAUAGGCACUCCCUCAGUAGCCUGGCUUUUGAAACAGCUCGUCCCGCUGAUGAGAGCAGAGAGUUUGGAGAUCACAGAGUCUCUGGUGCUGGGGUUCGGAUGCACAAAUGCUCUGGUCUUCAGGGAGCUAGUCGAAGAACUCCAUCCACUGAUGAAGGAAGCACUGGAACGUCGGCCUGAGAACAAGAGGCGCAGAGAGAGGAGGGAUCUUCUUAGGCUGCAGCUGCUGAGGAUCUUUGAACUGCUGGCUAAUGCAGGAGUUAUCAGUGACAGCACUAAUGGAGCACUAGAGCGUGAUUCACUGGCCCUGGGUGCCUUGUUCCUUGAGUAUGUGGAUCUAACCCGGAUGCUUCUGGAGGCUGAGAAUGAGAAGGAGAUGGAUGUGCUUAAAGAUAUCAGAGCCCAUUUCAGUGGGAUGGUGGCAAAUCUCAUCCAGUGUGUUCCUGUCCACCACAGACGCUUUCUCUUCCCUCAACAGUCUCUGAGACACCAUCUCUUCAUUCUCUUCAGCCAAUGGGCUGGACCCUUCAGUGUCAUGUUCACUCCCCUCGAUCGCUACAGUGACCGCAACCACCAGAUCACUCGCUACCAAUACUGUGCUCUCAAGGCCAUGUCAGCAGUUCUGUGUUGUGGUCCAGUGUUUGACAAUGUGGGCCUCUCUACUGACGGCUAUCUCUACAAAUGGCUUGACAACAUCUUGGCCUGCCAUGACAUACGGGUGCACCGUCUGGGGUGUGAGGUGGUCAUCUUGCUCUUAGAACUAAACCCAGACCAAAUCAAUCUGUUCAACUGGGCUGUGGACCGCUGCUUCACUGGGUCUUACCAGCUCGCAUCUGGUUGCUUCAAGGCCAUUGCCACUGUCUGCGGCAACAGGAAUUACCCAUGUGAUCUUGUGACCUUGCUCAAUCUGGUGCUGUUCAAAGCCUCAGACACCAGCAGGGAAAUAUAUGAGAUCUCAAUGCAGCUGAUGCAGGUGCUGGAGUCUAAGCUGUGUGCAUACUCUAAGCGAAUGGUGGAGCAGAAGCCUGGUAAUAUUUUGUAUGGAACACACGGUCCUCUGCCUCCGCUGUACAGUGUCAACCUGUCUCAACUCUCCAUCCAGCUGGCCAGCAUGUACCCAGAGCUCACUCUGCCUCUUUUCUCAGAGGUGAGCCAGCGUUUCUCAACCACCCACACCAACGGCAGACAGAUAAUGUUAUCCUACCUGCUGCCCUGGCUCAGUAACAUUGAGCUAGUGGACACGGGGCUCCUACCUCCAGCCUCAAGCCCCUGCACACCAGAGGAAGAACCACGUGGUCAGGGGCAGGGCAUGUCCCCCUGUCUAAGAGGCAACGGCUGGGGCUCCUUACAGGCGACAUCGCUGGUGCUCAAUAACCUCAUGUUCAUGACUGCUAAGUACGGAGACGAGGUUCCUGGCCCGGAGAUUGAGAAUGCCUGGAAUGCUCUGGUGUCCAACGAGAGGUGGAGCAACAACCUGCGCAUCACCCUGCAGUUCCUCAUCAGCCUGUGUGGAGUCAGCAGUGAUACGACACUGUUGCCUUUUAUAAAGAAGGUGGUUAUCUACCUGUGUCGCAACAACACCAUUCAGACGAUGGAGGAGCUCCUGUUUGAGCUACAACAGACUGACCCAGUCAACCCUGUGGUGUUGCACUGUGACAACCCUCCAUUCUAUCGCUUUGCUGCCAGCAACAAAGCCUCCACCUCACAGACAGGCACCACGUCCAGCAGUAACACUGUGGUGGCUGGUCAGGAGAACCUAACAGACAUAGAUGAGAAUAAGCUGGUCAGGGAAUGUGAAGAGCGCAUGGCCAGGGCUCACAACAGACUGGAGUCUCGCUACAGCAACAGCUCCGGGGGCUCCUAUGAGGAUGAAAAGACUGACCCACUCCCACCAUAUGCUGGGUGGCUACUGGGUGUUCUGGAAACCAACCAUCCUCAGCCGUUACCCAUGCCCAUUAACGGAGGCUGCUGGGCUCCAUUGGUUGACUACCUCCCAGAAACCAUCACACCCAGAGGACCACUGCAUAGGUGUAACAUUGCAGUGAUCUUCAUGACAGAAAUGGUGGUGGACCACAGCGUGAGAGAAGACUGGGCUUUACACCUGCCCCUGCUACUCCAUGCCCUCUUCUUGGGUCUGGACCACUAUAGACCAGAGGUCUAUGAACACAGUAAACGUCUCCUUCUCCACCUCCUUAUUGCUCUCUCCUGCAACAACAACUUCCAGGUAAUAGCCUCAGUUCUAAUGCUGACAAGAGAGAUAAGUGACAACAAGACCCUCACGAUUAAGUCCAGCUACCACACAGAGUACCAGCAGUCGCAUGCACCUGACUUCCUGCGAGAGUGGCAAUCUUCUCCAGUGGCGGAUUCCGGCCUCAGCUCCACCUCCAACUCGUCCUCUGCCAGUCUUGGUGGCGGCAGCACUGCAGGCAGUGUUGGAAAUUUGCCCCUCGUAACACCGGAUGACCUGGAGGACCUUGAUUAUAUGCCCAAUGAAACCGAUGAGAAGACAAACAAACUCAUUGAGUUCCUCUCCACCAGAGCGUUUGGGCCGCUGUGGGUGCAUGAGGACAUCACACCAAAGAACCCCAACUCCAAGAGCACGGACCAGCUCUCCAACUUCCUACGCCACGUCGUCUCUGUCUUUAAGGAGUCAAAGUCAGACUUCCACCUGGAGCAUCAGCUGAGCGAUGUGGCUUUACAGACGGCUCUGUGCAGCUCCUCGCGUCACUAUGCCGGCCGCUCUUUCCAAAUCUUCAGAGCCCUCAAACAGCCAAUUAACAACCACGCUGUCUCUGACCUGAUCUCGCGCCUCGUUGAGGUGGUGGGAGAACACGGAGACGAGGUUCAGGGCUAUGUGAUGGAGGUGCUGUUGACGUUGGAGUCAGUGGUGGUGAAUCUAGCAGAGUGUCUGAAAAACAGUGACCUUAUGGCAGCUCUAACCAGGACAUCCUCACCAGACUUUGUGAUGAGUGACAAACUUAUGAACAGAAAGAGCACAGGUCAGUUGAACUUCCCCGGCCCGGGAUUUGUCGGUCUGUCGUCACAACGCCACCAGCGCUCCUACUCGGUGCCCAAGAAGUUUGGCGAGUGCGGGCACCAGUUGAGUGAUCCGCCCCGCAGUGCAACUCUGGAUCGCAUACAGGCCUGCAACAGUCAUGGCCUCGCCCGAACAGGAAGAACCCCCGGGUCCUGCACAUCAUCAACCAAUCGCAUCGAUCCCAGCGUUCUAUCGGAUCCUGCCCAUGUUUCCCAUCCUUCAACAAUACUGGCCACAGUCUUCUGGGUGGCGGUGUCCCUCAUGGAGUCGGACUUUGAGUUUGAAUAUCAGAUGUCACUACGCCUCGUUCACAAGUUGCUGUCAAAGGUGCCAUUAGACAGAGCCGAAAACCGCGAACGCCUCGAGAAGCUGCAGGCUCAGCUGAGGUGGAGCGGGUUCUCUGGGAUUCAGCAGCUUUUGUUGAAAGGUUUUACAUCCCAGGCCACCUCUGACCUCACCUUACAGCUCUUCUGCCAGCUCACGCCAGUCUCCCGCGUGCCAGUUGUUGACAGCUCUCAGUCUAUAGGUUUCCCUCUGAAUGUGCUGUGUCUGCUGCCUCACCUGGUGCAGCACUUUGGCCAUCCAACUCAGUUUUGUAAGGAGAGCGCUGAGAGGAUAGCACAGGUGUGUUUAAUGGAGAAGAACACAAAGCUGUCCCAUUUGGCCCAUGUGAUGACUCUCUAUAAGACACGUUCUUACACACGGGACCCUUUCUCCUGGGUCAGUGUGGUUUGCCGCUACCUCCAUGAAGCUUUCUCCGAUAUCACUCUCAACAUGGUCACCUAUAUGGCUGAGCUGCUGGAUAAGGGCCUUCCCAGUAUGCAACAGUCUCUCCUCCAGAUCAUCUACUGCCUGCUCAGCCACAUGGACCUGACUGCUGUACAUGUAAAACAGUUCAACGGUGAUGUCACCAAGACCAUUGAGAAGUUUGUUCAGACUGUGCACUGGAAGGAUGCCUUAAACAUCUUGAAGCUGGUGGUAUCACGCUCGGCCAGCCUAGUUCAUCCGGUGUACGGCCACUCGCAGGGGGACCUGUCCAACCUGGAGGUCAGCCGGGUGUGGGACGGUUCGGCCAAGGCUCUGCCUGGGAAAACACUGGACUUUACCUUUGACAUCUCUGAGACUCCAGUGAUUGGGCGUCGGUUCGACGAGCUUCAGGGUUCAGGGGGUAGAGAGGGGAAGGCCAGAGCCAUGGCUGUGACGCGGAGUACUUCCUCCACCUCCUCUGGAUCCAACUCCAACACUAUCCUGGUGCCCGUCAGCUGGAGGCGCCCGCAGUCUUCUCAGAAAAGAACCAGAGAGAAGCUGGUGAAUGUUUUGUCUCUUUGUGGACAAGAAUUUGGACUCACCAAGAACCCAUCUGUGAUCUUCUCAUCGUGUGGCGACUUGGACAUGAUGGAGAUACGGGAGAGUGGUGUAUCAUCAGAGGAGGGUGGAACCAGAGAGGACACGCUAGACGACACCGCCAGCGAGCAGCAGUUCAGGGUUUUCCGAGACUUUGACUUCCUGGAUGUGGAGCUGGAGGACGGAGAAGGAGAGACCGUCGAUAACUUUAAUUGGGGCGUGCGUCGGCGCUCUCUGGACAGCACAGAGCUGGGUGACCUGUUGGAGGAGAGCCAGCACUCAGGCAGCACCCCCAGUCUGGGUCACGAGGACCCCCACGAUUCAGACGAGUCCUCAGAGGAAGAGGAAUCUUCAACUAGCCAGAGCCUCUCUCACUCUCAGCUUACGAACCCUUCUCCAUCGGAGGAAACCAAUCACACUGAUUCUCUAUCUACUUCUUACGACACAUCUGCCGACCCACUAUCCCUCAAUGCUUCCACACCGGGACAGGGAGCACUCCAUGAUUAUGACGGGGGCCUACAUGGAAGGGUGUGUGGGGAGGAUGAAGACACUCAGGCCCAGGAUGACGAACUGUCGCUUAGCGCCAAUGAGCUCCCUCACGGCUCAGACUGCGGCGAGAGUCUCACCCUGGAGUUGCCGGGGCAACCUAUGGAUCAUCUGCACAAUCUGGACCACAGCCUCAACGCAGACUACUGCCAACCACCGCUGGACUUUCUAGACCCCAACUGUCUGCCCAGCUUACGUGAUGAUGUAGAUGACUUGGAAGACCUCGGUUUUCCUCCUCCCCCCUCUCCAUUUUUCUCCGCCAUCUUGGCAGCCUUCCAACCCACAGUGUGUGACGAUGCUGAGGAGGCCUGGCGUUUUCACAUCAACCAGCUUGUCACCGACUCAGAUGGAUCCUGUGCCGUCCACACUUUUCAAGUCUUCUCAUCUCUCUUUUCGAACAUCCAGGGAAAAUUCUGCCUCCUGACCACUGAUGUUGCUACUUACCUUGGAGAGGGCUUAAGGGGCAUUGGAUCAAAGUUCCAAAGGUCGUCACAGAUGCUAACCACAUGCUCAGAUUGUCCCACAAUCUACAUUGAUGCUGACACGAUCAUGUCAUAUGGUCUUCUUGAAAAAAUGAAGUUCAGUGCACUGGAACUGCAGGAGUACCUGGACACCUACAACACCAGAGAGGACUCUGCUGUAUCGUGGCUGAGGAACUGUAAAGACACAUUUCCCAGGUGCCCCGGUGACAGCAGUGUGGUUACCUGCCAGCCUGGAGACUCAGAGGAGAAGCAAUUGGAGCUUUGUCAGAGGCUCUACAAGCUGCAUUUCCAGCUCCUCCUACUGUUCCAGUCCUACUGCUCGCUCAUUGGUCAAGUUCAUGCUAUCAGCUCUGUGCCUGAGCUUCUGAACAUGUCUCGAGAGCUCACUGAUCUGAAGACCAGCCUGCAGGUGGCUGAGGCGGCGGUAGCCAGCGACCUGGAACACAAACACUUGGCCCACACUCGAUCACACGCCACCCUGGUGGCAGCCAUGGUUGUGCCCAGCUUCCCCACCUCGGAGGCAGCUGUGCAGGCCAUACUGGAGUGCCUUAAGAACCAUGAGUUCACCAAAGCUGUGCGCUACAUCCAGGAGUGCAGGAGGCAGUGGCCCAGCGGCGUGUUUGGUGGCAGCUCAGAGAGCGAGGUCCACACACUGCUCAACGUCUACUUUCGCCACCAGACGCUGGGCCAGACGGGCACCAUCGCCCUGGUUGGUUCACGCCAGGACCUCAGCCUGAUCUGCUCCAAGCUGCUGGAGCUCAACGGGGAGAUCCGCGACAUGAUCCGCCGUGCCCAGGGUUACCGGGUCGUCACAACCUACCUCCCCGACUCCAGCGCCUCCGGGACCAGCCUCUGACAGGAGCUCAGGAGCCCUCCUCCCCCUCCUUCCCCUCCUUCCCCACCUCCCCCGUCUCUGCAAACAUUGACGCUUACAAAACCAUCUCCACAUCCCUUCUCUUCUCACCCACACACCUGGCCCCUGCCUCCUCCUGUGUACCUGCUGCCCCGCCUGCACAGCAACAGACAGAUACCUGCCUACCGUCUUGCCCAACAUCAGAACCAUAUUUAGAUCACCCAAACAUCUCCACAUCCACUGUACACUCUGAUACCGCCUUAUUUGAUUUUCCCAAACCCCCAGACUUGUUCUCAUCGCAUAGCUUCUCAAACACUCCAGGCCAACCAAAUGUUACAAUGCCGCACACACAAGAGCCAAGGAGCAGUUAUCUCAAUGAGAACACUAACCUUUAUUAUCCUUUCAGAGGACAUUCGUCUAACAGUUUACCAUUGUUACAUAGACACAGAAGCAUACACCUCAUAUUAUCUCGUACAUCAAGCAUGCUCGCGACUGUAGCUUCAGAACCUACUUUGCUCACACACUCGGACACAAACACAUCUCCCGAUCCCCCUCGGGGUUCACAUCUCCCCCAUUUCCCCCGCUCUCCAUACAAACACUUAAGUCCAUCCCCAAUUGUACACCCUGGCCAUGACACAGUGUUAACCCAUGGCUCUGCCGCAUCUUCAUCCCUUCUUCCUCCCCCUCCUCCCUCUCCCUGCCCCACCGGCCCAGGAGAGGCUGCGGCAUGGGGUUGCUGCUGUUCCCUCGGUGGAGCUGCUACGCCCUUAUCUUGCUACCUUGGGAAGGUGGGGCACGCCGCCCUGCCCCUAUUGAAAGUAGGGGGGCUCCUGAAUGCUGAACCGUCAGACGUCCAGACCUAAGACGUAAACUUACCAUACCAGAGGACCUAAAGAGCUUAGACUUCUAUGAAUCCUGAAUGAAACCAACUAUCCUCUACUAACCCUCAGAUCUAUAUAUCUGAAAAGGAAAGAUGAAUUCCCAGAGAUACUUUUAGAUUUUACACUUUAAGAACAAGAACACUGAACCGACUAGAUGCUACAGAUUGCUGCCUGCUGAUGAAGACGACCUGAUGUGACUCUAUCCAAUCACUACGGCUACAUGUUGUAAGAUUGAUGUGCUCGUAGUUUGAGUCCUGCUUUAGGGUUGUCAUUCAGCACUAAAUCUAUUCUGCACCUGAGGACCUGUGAAGGCUUUUAGCUUUGAGUUCUAACUUGAUUCCCAGAAGAACUUGAUUGACUGCCUCCAUCAAAAAGGGCGUAGUUUGCUGUUAGUAUUGCCAGAGACAGUGAGGACACUACCUAUGACACUAGAGAAAAUAUCACUGGUAAAGUUUUUCGCUAUUGCACUAAAUGGAAUUUUGGUAUUAGUUUUUUAAAAAGAUGUUACAGAAAGAAGGUUAUGGUUCCGUUUUUUGUCAAUGUGAGAGAAAAGGCUGUCACUUUCACUGAGGAGGAGAAACCAAAAGCUGGAAUAACUAUGGAGGAAAUUGUGCAAUGCAUGAUAAAUGAUUUUCACUGUACUCGUGUCCCUUUUGCUCCCUGAAAGUCUGACCUCUCCAGACUGACUGAAAGACUGAUCGACAAAGAGCGGAAGUAUAAUAUUCAAGCGUUUUCUCCUCAUGCUGCCCUCGCUCCGUUUAUAUUCUGUAUCAGUGAACCAGCUUGUCUCCCGACUACUGUUGUAAACAUUGGUGCACUUAUCAUGCCAUUAUCUCUGCACUCCUGUGGCAAGUUGUAGCAUCAUUAGUGAGUGUAGACGCUGUAUAUUUAUCACUGUCCUACGUUGACCUUGUGUCCACAUGCUAGGAGGAUGGUGCAUGUACACUCAAAUACUUUGUCUCUGUAUACUAUUAAUAGGUAUGGGCACACAACCAUUGUAACAUAUGUUUGUGUGUGGUUUGUAGUUACCUUACACAUAAGGGAAAUGCUGACAUUCAGCACUCAUCGUCGUUCAAAACCAAACCCUGUGCUGAUAACACUGAAGUCCAGCACUUCCUGUCGUCAGCCCUUUUUGUGACUCCCUCGUUUCCCCCUCCAUUUGCUGUACAAAUAUUGUUUCCCUAUUUAUAUCUGAUCCGCUAUAAAUCACUCAUUUGACUAAGGUUUUAUAUUGAUGUUCUCAAAUCAAACUGCCAUGCAUGACUGUACUGUAUGAAAUAUUUAUUAACAAAUCAUAUUUUAUCUGAAAGAUAUGUUUGUAUGGAGGUACAAAAGGGAGCUCUAAGCUCACGCGGGUAUGGUUUUUUUCUUUCCUGUGUGGGAGAACGUGUGUGCAUGCCAAACAAGAAAUUGCACAUUUUUAAAGCUUUUUAGAUCAAGACUGUAGUGGUUUUUUUGUCCACCUUGUAAUCACUUUCACAGCCUUUGUGAGUUGAUGCUCUGUACAAGUCUGUGUCAAAGUAAAAGAGUAAUUUCUUCUGCA